GGAUCACUGAAAAAUAAAACUCGUUAGAGGACUCACAGCGACCUAGGAGCGUAUAUACAAAUCCGCACCGUUUGCCCCCCGAUUUUUCCCUUUCGUCUGAAACCCUAAACCCUAACUCUCGUCUCCGAGCGUGUUUGGUGAGUGUUUCAGAUCCAUUUCGCUCGAUCACAAAAGGAUCCAAUGGCAGAAGAUAUUGCAGUCGAAACAGCAGCUCCAGCUCUUGGAGAGCCCAUGGACUUGAUGACAGCCCUGCAACUUGUGUUGAAAAAAUCGUUGGCCCAUGAUGGGCUUGUUCGUGGGCUCCAUGAAGCUGCCAAGGCCGUUGAGAAGCAUGCAGCACAACUUUGCGUGCUGGCUGAGGAUUGCGACCAGCCUGACUAUGUCAAACUUGUUAAAGCACUUUGUGCUGAGCAUAAUGUGCACUUGGUUACAGUCCCAAGUGCUAAAACCCUUGGCGAGUGGUCAGGGCACUCAUCAGCUCUUAAAGUGCAGUAUGCCGUAAGGCUCAGAGUAAGCCUUAUGCUUGCCAAACUGCUUUUAGAGAAACAGCUUUGCAAAAUUGAUUCAGAGGGGAAGGCAAGGAAAGUGGUAGGCUGUUCGUGCGUGGUUAUCAAGGAUUAUGGAGAAGAAUCAGAGGGCCUUCAUAUAGUUCAGGAGUAUGUGAAGUCCCACUGAAAGUUGAGUUAUUAUUUUCAGAAUGAUGCGCAGUAAUGUUUUAAGAUAUCAUAGGCUUUUAUCAGUUGAGGAAACCAGUCUACCUAGAGGACGAUGUCUGGUGUUUUUCAGGCCAUUAGAUUACGAAUCUCUGAUUCCUGAAAAUCACAGUUUUAUCCAUUUUUUUCUUGUACCUUAAAUUUUUGGACCAUAUGGUUGGCACCAGCAACUCAUGGGGAAUGUGAAGAUUUAGUUAAAAAUCUUUAGUUGUUGCAAUUAUUAUCCUAAUAUUUGAUGGUUAUUGGUGCAA